UCACAAAUCGAAAAUCACAUAUCGCUUAACGGAAAAGGCACAUUUAGCUGAGCUUGACACAGAGCAAAUCGUACAAAGAUUUCAAACAGUAGACUUCACAGAGGAGACUUUACAGAGUAGAUUUCACAGAGCCUCGAACUUUGUUAGUGGCGAGGGCCAACUAACUAAACAUGUCUGCUGCUAAAGAAGAGCAGUUAUAUGUUAAGCAACUACGCCAUCUGCAGGACAAAAUAAGGAGGUAUGAAGAGUCCAUCGAGCAGAAAAAGAAAAACUUCACAACCAACAAAGCCAAAUGCAUUCCUGUUGAACAAGACACCAAAGCCAUCAGAGAGUACCUGGAGUUUGAUUUGGCCAGAAAACCACAGCACCUGGCGGAGCUGCUGGAGCUGUACAAGCAGCAAAUAGAGAAGUCCCGUCGGGAGCUGGAGGAGAUCGAUGAGAAAAAUAACCAAAAGCUCCAAAAACUUUAUGAUCUAAAGGAACUCACUACAGAACUCUCCAAAAAUGAAUCGAAGCAUGCGGAGGUAUUGAAUGACCUUCAGAUACAAGUUCAGUCUCACAAAGAUCGACUGGCCAAAAAUCAGAAGAACCACAAAGCCAAGAUCGCCGAGCUGCAAGACGAGAAUCUGGAUGCAGAGAUGGUGGCCAGAUAUUCAAAGUUCCUUAAAGACACAGACGAGGAUUUAAAACAUAACAUCAGGGAUAAUUUCAUUUCUACUGUAAAGGAUGAGAGAGAAUAUCACCAAACGGGGCGAAACCAUCUGGUUUUACUGAGGGACAUUGCACAGCCACUGAGGGAGGAGAGAGACGACUUGGUCAGGCAGCUGAUCCAGGACCAGGAGAACAUGAUGGAGGCAGAGCAGGAGCUGUACAAGAUCACUGCUGCAAACAAAAUACAGCAUCAAAAAACUCAGAAGCUGCAAGACACGGGGAACAAUCGGAUGACAGAAGUGAAAGAUCUCGAGUUUUCUGUUGAGGACCGCAAACGUAACAUGAAGUGUACCCAGGACCUCCUCCUUCAGAAAAUGGCGACGAUAACAGCAACGUGCCAGAAACAGAAGGAGAUAGACCUUCUAAAGGCAGUGAUUGAGCUAGAGCACAGCAGGGCCACUGAGCUCUCUGAAGGAAGCCAAUAUUAUUUUCACAUUAUUGAGGAACCAAAGAUGGAUCUCUGGAAGCUGAGACGACUGCUUGCCAUUUUGGAAAGCUAUACCCCACAGCAGACGUUUUAACACUGUGGUAUUUUAUGAAUAAAUGCAUACAAUGAAAUAUGUUUAACUGAAUAAAUAUUA